CUCGUGCGUAGCGUUUGACUCGAGGUUACCUUAGCUUAGUUAAAAUACACAUUUUCGCGUUUGACUCGAGGUCACCUUAGCUUAGUUAUAAUACACAUUUUCACCUCAAAAUGCAUCCUCUGUCACUAUAAAACCAAAGCGUUUAUCCAAUCUUGAAAGAACACACACUCUGUACUUUCUUCACAUGGCUUCCCACAACCUCAAAAUCCAUGAAAAGUGCACUGUUGCUCCUCCCUCUGCACCCCAAACAUCCCUCCCUCUCGUAUUCUUCGACCUGAUCUGGAUCAGGAUUCAUCCUGUAGAACGCAUCUUCUUCUAUUCCCUCCCCGUAACCCAUUCAAGCCCAUCCAUUUUCUUCACCCAAGUUGUUCCAAAGCUCAAAACUUCACUCUCUCACACCCUCCAACACUUUCCCCCUCUCGCCGGCAACGUCACGUGGCCCAAUGGUUCUUCCCACCCUGUAGUUCAGUACAACCCAGGCGACGCUGUUUCAGUGGUGCUUGCAGAAUCCGAAGCCGAUUUCGACCACGCGUUGGAUAACGCACCCAAAGAAGCAUCAGAAUCACGUUGCUUGGUGCCCCACUUAGAAUCCUCUGAUUCUCAUGCCUCUAUUAUGGCCCUCCAAAUCACUCUGUUCCCUAACAGAGGGUUCGCCCUAGGAAUCAGCACUCACCACGCCAUCCUUGACGGAAAAUCUUCAACUCUUUUCAUCAAAGCUUGGGCUUCUCUGUGUAAAACAAAUGAUGAUGACUCUGUGUCAUCACCAUCUUUGGCUCCAGAAUUGGAGCCUUUCUUUGACAGAACAGUCAUAAAAAACCCGAGUGGGUUAGGGGUAGACGAAUCACUCGAGUAUGCUCAGCGCUUAACCAAAAGGUUCCCAGGUGAAAACAGCGACAAAAGUUGCUUGAAGCUUCUACCUUUUCGUCCAAGAUUGGAGGAUCAUGUUCGAGGGACAUUCGAGCUGACGGGAGCAGAUUUGGAGAGAUUAAAGAAUAGGGUGCUGUCCAAGUGGGACAGCGUAGACAUAAUUGAAGCAGAAUCAAACUCAAACUCAACGGUUUUUUCAAAACCAACCAGACUGUCGACUUUUGUUCUAACCUGCGCAUAUACUGUGGUUUGUAUUGCAAAGGCCAUGCACGGAGUUGAAAAGGAGAAAAAUAAGUUUGGUUGGGGGUUCACCGUGGAUUGCAGGGCCAGGAUGGAACCUCCAAUUCCUGAAAACUACUUUGGGAACUGUUUAAUGGGGAGUUUGGCGGAUGUUAAGCCAUCGGCAUUUAUAGAGAAGGAAGGGUUUGUUAUUAUUGCGAAAAGUAUUCAUAAUAAAAUAAAAGAGAUAUCAGAUAAUGGUGUUUUUCAUAAAGGAGAUGAAACUGGUCGUAAAUAUGCAGUUUUGGCACAAGAGAAAGCUGAAAUGUUAGGAACUUCGGGGUCUAACCGUUUUGGGGUUUAUCAGUUUGAUUUUGGUUGGGGAAAGCCUUCAAAGGUGGAGAUAACAUCGGUGGAUAGAGCCCUAACAAUUGGAUUGGCAGACCACAGAAAUGCGAAAGGCGGUGUUGAAAUUGGGAUUGUUCUGAAGAAACCAGUGAUGGAAUUAUUUGGCACUUUGUUUCGUGGAGGAUUGUCAGAUGAGUGAUUCAAAUGGUGUUCCAGUAACCUUUUUCUCUCCAAAUCAUAGCCGUCUGUUUGCCUGAAUGAUAUAGGAAAUCAAGAAGGAAGCCUCGUGGCAGCCAAUAGCUUAGUUUCGUAAUUCUGUCUUUAUUAAAAUUCUGUUGCUGUUAUUUUAUGAUUAUUAGUUGUUUCAAUUAACUGGAGUGAGUUUGGUAUGAAUUUUCUGGUUGAAUAAGAAUCUUCUUCUCUCAA